CAUUAAAAUAAAUAACACUGAAUAACACUAAGCAACAAUGACUAGAUGAAUAAAUCCAUAACUAGGACGGGUACAUAUGAUUUAUUUUCCAGUCUUAUAUGAUAUAUAUAAAAGGUUCCUCAUUCCCUUUCUCUUUCUCCUUCACUUCAUUCAUUUCCCUACUCUUCCCUACCUUCCCAACCAUCCACAUCGAACACUCAAAAAUCAUCAGAAACCCAAACACUACCACAACCCUACCACACACACCCACACACAACUAAAUCCUCUCUUUUAUAAAAAUCCCCUAAACCAAAGUCCACCAUGGGCAACUCCCAAAGCACAGCGCAAUACCGAUCUCUCAUCGAAGAGGUAGACCCCGUCCCCUCCCGAUUUCGCAAACAGCAACCCUUUAUCAUGAUAACCGCGCACGAAACCCCGGAAUUUCACUUCAUCCAGGAUUACAUGAACAGUGAAAAUUUCCUUGAAAAGGCACCUUGUGCAACAAAUCACGAAUACACACCCGAACUAUUCAAACAUCUCCAAGAUAAUUUCCCCACCUUCACUGACACGAAAAUCGAAGUAGCCCUCGUGACGCACAUAUUGGUCGGAGAUGAGAGGACUGAAAUGGCGCUGGAUUUUUGAUGCUUUAUUAUCUCCUUGCGAGGAUGCGUGACUGCCCCGACUUCCACAAUCAUCAAGAUGAGAGAUUCGUUCGUGCGACGAAUAUGUUUCGCCCUGGAGGUUACGAGAUCCAAAAAUCUGAUACCCUCGAAUGUCUACUUAACCAAGCUUCUAGCUUCAGGCGUAAUGGACGGAAAAGGCCGCUGGCACUGUCAGACUUAAUAAGACGUCCUGCUGCAAGCAAUGCGUUGAAGAGGGAAAUGAAGAAAAUUAUCAAUGUUAAUUCAGGACAACCUGACGACUUCCGACUUGCUGAUUUUAUACAUUUCAACUAUGAAGAGUGCCUUGUCAAACAUCCCUAUGAUUGGCUGAAUGCUCAGCGAUCAUUGAAUAGCGAAUUUGGAUCUUACAUAACAACGGUCGAGUACGGACAGUAUAUUAUGCCUUUAAUAUAGAAGACGCUUGAGAUGAAACUCACGAAUGUGGAUCCCGGUCGC